AUGCCCGCUUCGGGUAACAAGCAUCCAGUGCCGCCAUACGCCCUUGCGAAUGCCAUAAAUUCCCGUCAGGUCAGCUUCGACGAUGACCCAAAUAACAUCCCUACUCUCACUGACAAUCGUACGAGUGACCCAAACUACUCCUAUUCUGUGUCAACAAAGUCCUCUACUGUCAAUUUGCCCAAUGGUGACAGUUCCAACGUGGAAAAGUUCGACUUUUGCGACGACCCGAGCAACAAUAACGACGACAGAGUCCCGCCUCAAAACGCGGUGAGACAAAUGACCCUAAACGAACGUCCACCACUCGUCAAGUCCAUUUCAGUUCUCAUGCGAGGCAAAUUCAACACCUUCUGCCAAGACGCCACAAUUCACGGACUCGGCAACAUUCGACGAGCAGACAAACUCAUCACGAAACUGAGUUGGGCUGCCGUGGUUUUAGUGCAAACUGGAUUCCUCGCCUACAUUUUCAUCACAUACCUCGACGCGUAUUGGAAUUAUCACGUUCAAAAGGGCAGCACGGAACUGAGUUGGGAGGAACAAACUGAGAUGGAACUUCCGGACGUCACGAUUUGUGCCAGCAGUCCGUUCAAACGAUCUGCGAUCAACGAUCUCCAUGUAAAUGGGACUUUCAUGGCCUACCUGUUGUUGGGAUUUGGGGCUGGAGCAUAUGUGAGGCAGGAUUUUGCUGAAUCCAAGGAACUGCAUGAACCCAUGAAGCUGUGGUUGGAUGAAAUCCUGGCAGCUAAAAAUACCACUUACAAAGGACUUGUCAUGGACCUUGCCCUGAGGUGUGAGGAUGUGAUUUUGCAAUGUUCCUACGAUGGGAAAGAAUUGAGCAGAGACGAGUGCUGUGAAACUGUAUUUCCGAAACCUGCAAUUACCAGCCAUGGGCCUUGUUUGUCGUCUCACGGCAAUGUGCACAUGCAAAAAAUAUUCGGCAGGAAAGGAGGAAUCACUUUCAUACUGAAAACUGACGACUACAGCAUGGGUCUGGAUAGUCGCCUGUUGACAGACGCUGGAGACGUUUACGGAUAUAGUGUCACUGUCACUCACCCUGCCACAGUCCCGUCGACACUGACAACGACAGCUAACAAGGGUGCACCAGCUGGCAUGAAAACAUCUAUGGAACUCACGAAAACCGUCGAAGAUUGGUCAGGACUCGUGAUGCCAAGCUUCAGGGGUCAACCAAAAGUUUGUGUGGAUUUGUCAUCACAAGUCAGUGUCUUGGAGUAUUCGAAAAUAAUCGAAGAAUAUUCGGAAUGGCGAGGAAACUGUUUGUUGCGGAAAUUGUUCGAGUUGUCGGAAUCCUCCUGCAGAUGUCGGCUCAUCGACGACCCACGAAUUGACAACAAUUCGGUCAGGAUUUGUGAGCCUCAAGACAUCAUCAACUGCAGCUUGCCUCAGCUUUACGAAGACCCUACUGAGUUGCCAACAAUGUUCGAAAUGCUAAAAAUUAGGGGACGAGGAGCGGAAACAUUUUCAGCUCAUUGUUUGCCACUGUGCCGAGAAAUAAGUUUCAAGUCGACGAUGUCUUACGAGCUGCUGAGCAGAAAAUUCAUUUCGGACAUGAAAACAAAGCAUGAUUUGUCAGAUGAAGAUGAGAUUCUCAUAAUCAAACUCUUCUUCACCGACACCAAUUACAACACCAUUGUCCACAAGUCCUACACUCUUUUGGACUGUUUUGGAACUAUAGGAGGAUACAUGGGACUACUUCUCGGAGCAAGCAUGAUUUCCGUCGUCGAGACCACAUUUUUCAUUGUGAAAUUCAUCUACGAAUUCCUGGCGUUGUAUUUCAGCAGAGUUCGUUGUCAUUCCCAGGCUUUGAGAAACAGUUUUAUUAGGUCAAGACCAUGAUUUCUUGAGAGACACAAAAAAAUUUGCACUCACUGAUGAAAACGAGCGGUGUGUGGUUGCAUAAGUCCAAGUCUUGUCUAGUCCGGUUUGAGUGCCGUUUUUCAAGUGUAGUUUUGCAG